CCAGCCAAUAACAUUUGUUUCUACGGCGAGUGCUCCUACUACUGCUCUACUGAGCAUGCUCUGUGUGGGAAGCCAGACCAGAUCGAGGGUUCUCUGGCUGCCUUCCUGCCAGACCUGGCCCUGGCCAAACGCAAGACCUGGAGGAACCCUUGGAGACGAUCCUACCACAAACGCAAGAAAGCAGAGUGGGAGGUGGACCCAGACUACUGUGACGAGGUGAAGCAGACUCCUCCCUAUGACCGUGGUUCUCGUCUGCUUGACAUCAUGGACAUGACCAUCUUUGACUUCCUCAUGGGUAACAUGGACCGGCACCAUUACGAGACUUUUGAUAAGUUUGGAAACGAGACCUUCAUCAUCCAUCUGGACAAUGGAAGAGGGUUUGGGAAACACUCCCAUGACGAGCUCUCCAUCCUGGUGCCUCUGAGCCAAUGCUGCAGAGUGAGGAAGUCGACCCACUUGCGUCUGCAGCUGCUCGCCAAGGAGGAGUACCAGCUGAGCCGUCUGAUGGAGGAGUCCCUGCUGCGUGACCGCCUCCACCCCGUCCUCAUCCAGCCCCACCUGGAGGCCAUGGACCGGAGGCUGCGCCUGGUGCUCCAGGUCCUGGCUGUCUGCGUGGAGAAGGAGGGCUACAGUAACGUGGUGGAGGUGGACGACCACCACUGGGCCAGAGAAGCCAGAGGGGGCAGGGACACAGCCACCCACAGGAACCCAGGGCACAGGUAGUGAGGCCUGGCUAGGAAGAGAGGGAGAUGGGGGGUGGAGGGGUGGUACCCCUGGUUCUCCCGCUUCUCCCCAUCCUGGACCUCCAAAGAAACUACCGUUGAUGUUGAACCAACCAUGGGUGUCUGGUCUGACGGAGAGACUGACUGGAUCCUGUGACUGUGCGGGAGCCGCCAUUUUGAAUUCAGUGAAUUCCGAGACUUGCCGUCAAUGCCUCUAUGGAACCUCCCAUGUACGUGUGUUUAUAUAUAGGUACUGUUGGUCCACAGAUAUAGCAGUGAGCUGAGGAGAGAAGAGGCCUGGUCUUUGCUAAGUACCAAUGUUUUAUUACUUCUCUUGGACAUGAUAAAUAGGGACCAUUUUGAUUUUACUUUGUUGGUUUUCUUAUUUUAUUUUUGGGGGUUGUUUGAAUGCGAAGGCUAUCAUUGUUUGUUUUGGGUUAGCGCUAAGCUAGCUACAGUAUAUUUACACAACCAAAUGAGAUUUUACUUUAACAAGUUAAAAUGUGGUUUGAGAUUAAUUUAUGCACAGUAACUGGAGGAAUGGAAUAGAAGGUUUAUAAAGCUUUCAUUUUAAAGGGAGAGUAUGAAAAGAAUAUAGUAUAUUAUUUAUGAUGAAUUUAUCAGUUGCCUCCAUUUUCAACCCAUCACUAUCUAUGACUUUGCUUAUAGGCCUCCAUUACUAUGAGACAUUAUACAAGAGGCUGUUUACAGUACAGAAAGUACCUGGUAUUUACUAAGAAAUUACAUGGUAAAAUGGUAAUUGUACAGUAAUACCCCAUUAAUUACUACAUAAAGUACUCAUUUGGUACUUUGGGAUUCAAACAAGCAUUUAAAUAUACACCAUUUUGAUCCAGGUAGUUCCCAAUUGUAGUGAAUUUUAAGCAUAAAGUAUAGUGAAAGCCCCAGCUAGAACUCAGUGAUGCCACGUAGUUUCCUAAUAAGUACCACCUAAAUACCUGUCGAAGCAGUACACCAUUAAAGAAAGUGCUACCGGUUUCGUUUUCAAUAAAGCUUUCAGUUCAACUUAAAUUCAGUGUUCAAAGCCUGGAUGGAAGCAGCUCUCUUAAACAAGGGCUCUUAUUGAAGCACCUCUCAGCAGCCCAGAAGUUGACUAGUGUUGAGUGCCCUUGCCCUAGUCCAUUCAAAUUAGAUAUCAUCCAAUCUUUCCAUUUCUUUUCAUCAAAGCCUUCCAUCAAAAUGUGUCACUCGUUCAUGGUUGGCACUUAAGAUAAUUGCUGCCCAAUUUAUUCAGAAAUUCUGCAUGUUUAACUGAGGAACUUCUAAAUCAAUGUUUUGCUGGAAUGGCUGGAAUGAAAACAUGCUGCGUGGUUUACUAGGACAUGUUUUUCAAGGACAUGAGAAUAGCCUUUACAGGAAGUUGUGAUAGAUGAUGACAGUGUGACCAACAGGGCUGAAAUGUUUGUUUUUGCUUAGAUCUCACGUUAGCUGGGCCUAUCUGUUCUGGUCUCAGCUGGCAUGGCAGUCCUGGCUUACAGGAUGUGGAUACAAAGGGUACCUCCCAAAUGACAUCCUAACCCCAAAGGGCUCUGGUCAAAAGUAGUGCACUAUAUAUGGAAUAGGGUGCCAUUUGGGAUUCAUACAAAUAAUAAUAAUAAUACAGGACUGUAAAUACUGCCAUGAGAGAAUAUCAAUAUCACUAUUCAUUUAAUAGGCCUUCGAGGUCUUGGUAAAAAUCCCCAUGUAUCUGCAUAUCAUGUAACAAGUGAGAGAUUUUUGCUGUUUUUCCCCCAAAAUACAUGAUCUCUUUGCUUUAUCCCCACGUGAGAUUAUUUUAUUACCAACAAUCUCUCACCAGUUUUGCUCACACUUCACGCAGCCUCAAGGUGACGUCAGUAACAGCGAAAUGAUUAUUUGGGAGAAAUAGUCUAGUCUCUCUCCAUGUGGAUAUAAAGAUAGGUUGGAACUGUGAUUACAGUGUAUACCAGUAUACAAGUCAGAUGCACUACCCUGUUGUCAUGCCAUUCAUCUUUUAUACCAACUAAAGUUACCAUUACAACACCAAACAAAUGUCAAAUGCAGUUUUCUGUGUGCACAAUGUUCCUGUUGUACUGUUCAACGCUUGUCCAAAUGAACAUAGCAUUUAUUGACGUGUCGUAACAUUUAAACAUGGAUGUGGAAAUAAGGGGUAUAUUCUAAGGUUUUUCUUUUUUUGAAACAUUUCUCUUUAUGUUUUGGUACUAAUUAUGUAUUGGUACUAAUUAUGUAUUGGUACUAAUUAUGUUUUGGUACUAAUUAUGUAUUGGUACUAAUUACUGUUAUGUCCAUUUUAUGAUCUGAAAAGCUGUCUUUGAUUGCUGGAAGCGUUGAGCUCUAUACAGGUGUUCUAUAUUCCACCAAUAGCCCCUAGAAUCUGGCUACGUAUGGCUAACCUGGUGCCUGUGGAAUGUUGGGUAUACUGAAUGUUUCAGGUGGCCAUACGAACAGGACUACAGCUACAUAGAGUUCACACUACAGCCUGUGUGACCUGGAUCCUCAGACUAAGUUGAAAGAGUUAACAUUAUACAUUUACGUUUGAGUCAUUUAGCAGACGCUCUUAUCCAGAGUGACUUACAGUAGUGAGUGCAUACAUUUUUGCAUACUUUUUGUACUGGUCCUCCGUGGGAAUCGAACCCACAACCCUGGAGUUGCUCUACCAACUCAGCCUUCUCCUCCCUUCAUACAGCAGCAGUUAAAGGGUUAACUCAGCCCUGGGCGUUGUACUUGCGAUUUUCAUAUUGUCACUGUAAAUAUCUAUAAAUAUAUUGGAAGACCUAAGAGGCUGCAGCGAUACGCUUCUGUUCUGUUUUCUCCUAUUUCAUUGUUGCUGUGAACAUCUGUUAGCUAAAUGAUAAAGGUGUGCAAUAAAACAAUUACAACAAAGA